AAAUACAUCUCAGCUCGGGCUUUAAUUCUUUCGUACAUUCAAUCCCAGCCUACCUUGAAAAAUAGACUACACCGCCGCAGUGGCUUUAAUUUUUCCCCUUGCACCUUCAGCCCUUUGCCUGCCAAGUUUGCCAAGCCCAGAGGAUGCGGUAGCCGGCCCCCACGCAGCAUUGUCCCUCCUCUGUGGCGUUUUUGGCGUGUGCAUUUUUUCACGGCUGGUCAGACGAUUGGUUCGAUAACUUUGGGAUUGCCUUGUUUUCUGGGUUGUCUUGGAUUGCCUCGGCGCACGGGAAGAAGAAGCGGAGGACUCGGCGCGGAGGGGAGAGAGAGAGGAGAGAGGAGAGGAGAAAGGAGGGGGAGAGGGAAACACGGGAGAAGCCUCCAUGUUUCAGUUGCCCAUCUUGAAUUUCAGCCCCCAGCAGGUCGCCGGGGUCUGCGAGACUCUGGAAGAGAGCGGGGAUGUCGAGCGCCUGGGCCGCUUCCUCUGGUCGCUGCCCGUCGCGCCAGCGGCCUGCGAGGUCCUCAACAAAAAUGAGUCGGUGCUCAGGGCCCGGGCUGUCGUCGCGUUCCACACUGGCAAUUUCCGUGAACUCUACCAUAUCCUGGAGAACCACAAGUUCACCAAAGAGUCGCAUACGAAGCUGCAGGCGCUGUGGCUCGAAGCGCACUACCAGGAGGCUGAGAAGCUGCGGGGCCGCCCGCUGGGACCGGUGGACAAAUACAGGGUGCGGAAGAAGUUUCCCCUGCCCAGAACCAUCUGGGAUGGAGAGCAGAAAACCCACUGCUUCAAGGAGAGAACCCGGCACUUGUUAAGAGAGUGGUAUUUGCAGGAUCCCUAUCCAAAUCCCAGCAAAAAGAGGGAGCUUGCACAGGCUACUGGACUUACACCCACACAAGUAGGAAACUGGUUCAAAAAUCGCAGACAAAGAGACAGAGCGGCGGCCGCGAAGAACAGGCUCCAGCAGCAGGUCCUGUCCGGCGGCUCGGUUCGCUCCCUGGCGGACGAGGAUGGCACCGUGGACCGCCUGGGGAACUCGUCCAGUCCUGAGGCCAGUCUGUCCAGCAAAGCAGCCGCCUCUGCCAUCUCCAUCACCUCCAGCGACAGUGAAUGUGACAUCUGACGGGCAGAUCGAGGGUGUUAAUGAAUUAAAAGGGGAUACGAGUGAAAGACAAUCCAAUAAACAAGUCAUAGUGCCUGCGUUGAGUUAAAAAAAAAAAAAAAAGAACAUACACACACACAUAUACACAUACACAUACACAUACAUACACACACAAACUGAUAUUUGACGGCUGCCAAAACAUAAAGGGAUCUGUGAUCUGCUGCGGACUGCCCGUCCUUAUCCUUUUAGGCCUAUACUUUUGUUUGCGUUUUACCCACGUGCGGAUAACUGAACUUAACACUUGGACGAAACACAUUUCACGGACUAAUAAGCCAACGCUUCGAGAUGAAACGUUAAAAAAAGAAGAAGAAAAAAUAAGUAAAAGGGAAAAAAAAGGAAAAAGGGAUGAAGACAUCCACACGCGCCUAACCUGCUGUUCUCUGUGGGUAUUUCAUGUUGAAAAGAACUGUGAUAUUUUUACUUUAAAGUUUUAUAAAUAAUGUUUAUUUGCCUAUUUAAAACGAUCUGCUCUGUCUCUUCGAAUUUCAUAUUCAUUUGCUUGGUGUUUUUAAUACUUACCUUCUACACAGGUAAACCUGUUGAGCAUGCGCG